UCCACUCUCUCCACCCGAACCGCCAAGGUCAGGCUCGAACUUGGGUCCUUGCAUCCCGAGCUAUAUGCGAAAAAUAAAAAUAGCUGCUGGAAUCAUCACCGCCUAUAGGUCAGAGGGAUUCGGGGCGGACACGGGGGAAAGGACGGUCGUGUGGAACGGAGGAGGCUCCUGCAGCGAGCCCGCUCCCAGCUGGAAGCCCUCAUCCUUCCCUCUCUCAAGCCUUCACCCCCCUUUUCUUCGGUGCCCCCCAAGAUGAGGACGGCGCUUCUGUUGACCUGGACCGUAUCCCUGAGCUACUUUGCAGACACAGAGUGCACUGACAGGAAGAGGCCAUACUAUCUAAAAAUGCCUUGGGCAUUUUCUUGAAGGGCUGGCAGCGUAUUUCUUCCAACAGCCAAUGGACCAAGUGAUCGUUUCUGGACAAUCUGUGACUCUGGCCUGUGUGGUUAUGGGCUAUCGUGGCAUGGUUCAGUGGACCAAAGAUGGUCUGGCUUUAGGAGGAGAAAGAGACCUACCUGGCUGGUCCCGCUACUCGAUCGUUGGCGAUGCCUCUGCUGGGCAACACAACUUGAGGAUUGACUAUGCCGAGCUGGACGAUGACGCUGUCUACGAAUGUCAGGCCACGCAGGCUGCGCUGAGAUCCCAGCGGGCCAAGCUUACCGUGCUCAUCCCUCCCAAUGACCCAGAAAUCCAAAAUGGUCCAGUUGUGCACGUGAUUUCCAACAUUCCCUACAACCUGACAUGUCGCGCUGCCGGUGCUAAGCCAGCUGCUGAGAUCACCUGGUACUGUGAUGGGCAACGACAAGAUGCUGCCGUAUACUCCAAGGCUCUGAUGGAUGAUGGCAAGCGCGAGGUGGCCGUCAGCACCCUCCUCUUGACUCCCAGCAGCCGGGACAUGGGGAGCUCCUUCACCUGCCGAGUCAGCAACCCAGCGGCCCCGGCUGGCAAGCAAACCACCGUCACUCUCAAUGUGCAGUACCCACCGGUUGUAAUCCUGUCUGUGCAGCCACAAACAGUGCCCGAAGGUGGCAAAGUGAGUUUCCUUUGCACAGCCACCUCCAACCCUGAAGUAACAGGUUACAGGUGGGCAAAAGGAGGCGUACCCAUUCCAGAGGCUAACGGUGACAGCUACGAGGCAGUGGUGGAUCAGUCCUUCUUCACUGAGCCUGUGUCAUGCGAGGUGUCAAAUGCUGUGGGAAGCACCAACGUCAGCACACUGGUGGAUGUGCACUUCGGUCCCCGCCUUGUCUCUCAGCCCAAGCCCCUGACCGUAGACAUUGGGGCCGACGCUUCUUUCACCUGUACCUGGACAGGGAACCCGCCUCUCACCUUGGCCUGGACUAAGAAGGGUUCUAGUGUGGUCCUGAGCAAUGGCAAUACUCUCCAUCUCAAAGCCGUGACGCAGGAGGACGCAGGCAUUUAUGUAUGCAAAGCCAUUGUGCCACGUAUUGGAGUCGCCGAAAAGGAGGUGGCACUGGCUGUGAAUGGUCCCCCCAUUAUCAGUGCAGGCCCAAGCCAGGAGACCACCGUAGGGGCCAAGGCACGGCUGGAGUGCUUGGUGGGGAGCGCUCCACCCCCGGACAGAAUCGCAUGGGCAUGGGGGGAACGGGUGCUGGACGCCGGCUCGCUUGAUCGCUUCUCAGUGGACACCGUGGCGACCGAUCAAGGGGUGCUUUCGGCCUUGCUCAUCGACCCGACCCACGAUACCGACUUUGCUGUGCCCUACAACUGCACAGCGUGGAACCGUUUUGGCUCUCGGUCUGCCGCAGUUAGUUUGCGCCGCCAAGAAGUCUGGUCCGUCCUGAUCUUGGGAGCCAUGUCAGCCUCCGGGGUUGCCGCUGUCUUGAUUCUAGUGGUCUUCGCCUCUCUCUGCUACCGGCGCAAGCACUGCCGGAAAGCCAAGCGGGGGACACAGCUCUCUAAGGCUGACAUCCUGGUCCAGAUCACAACGAGCGAGAGUAGCCCCAGCAGGCCGAGUGAGACGGAAGAUGAAGCCAAGGAGCCUAUGGCCACCAGCAGCGAGUCUCCAGCUACUUCCCACACUGAGCACAGCGAAAUCUUGGAGGAUGACGAAGGGAUCCAAGAGCUGAAGAACUCCAAGCAACACUCAUCAUUCAUUGCUUCUCAUCACACAACAUUUUAUUCUCACGAAACAUCCCCCAAGGAUCCCACCAACGGCUACUACAAAGUCCGUGCCCACGAAGAGCCAUGUUUGGGAAGCAGCUUCUCAGAAUAUACGCCAGCCCCCCGACCCUUGUUUGGGGCAACCUCUUUGUACCCUUCUGCGGGGCCGGUGCAACCGAAGCUGUAUGAAUACGCCCACCGCUACACCUUGGGCACGCCGGGUUCCCGCUCGGCCUACGACCCCCACGAGCGGCUUUUCCCUCAGGAGAACAUAUACAGCGGGACAGCCUACCUCACCGCCCCCUACAGCCGGGCCUUCACCAGCUACGUCAAGCCCAGCAGCUACGAGAAAGCCGAGAGCGGGUACGAGCCGUCGGAUCAGGCCAGCAAAGUCUCAAGCUGUUCGCGCUUCUCCUAUACCUCCUUGUCUCAGCAAUCUGACUAUGGGCGCCCUGCCCACCAGCGUAUGCAAACCCAUGUAUGACUCAUGCCCAUCCCCUGCCAAACCUCUUUCACCUUCAGAGGGAACGAAAAAAUGAACGGAUGCUCGCUUUGGCUAAGUGACUCCCAAAGGCCGGGUGACAAGACUUCACGUCCUUGACCUCGUGCUGAGGGGACACCCUUUCAUCACUAUCUGGGGGUGGGGAGAUGGCAGGGGAGCGGGCUCAGCCACCUGCAGAGGCAGCCAAGAGGGCUGACCGGCCGCCUGCCUCCCAUCUUUCCAACUGGGAGGAAACUGAUCAAAAUGGUUUUUUUCUUCACAUCAGGACAUGGAGGUGGAUUUUAAAAAGAAAA